UAAUCGCGGGCUUGACACGUAUGACACCGACACGUAUAUACCGUUUCCCUCCGCAUCUACAUGUAUUUAAAUGUCAGCAAACUUUAACGUGGCGAUUAUUUGCGCAUAUUUCUCUCAGCCUUGAUUUUAGGUUGUAAGGAAACUUUCAUCUCGGACGCGUGACGAACAGCUGAGAAAAUGAGCACGAUAACCGAGCAACCGUGCUACACCCUGAUAAACAUCCCGACCGACACGGAGCCGCUGAACGAGCUCCAGCUGAAGCAGGACCUCGAGAAGGGUAACGCCAAGACGAAGAUCGACGCGCUCAAGAAGACGAUCCACAUGAUCUUGAGCGGCGAGCGUUUGCCGGGGCUGCUCAUGACGAUCAUCAGGUUCGUCCUGCCGCUGCAGAAUCACACCAUCAAGAAGCUGCUGCUGAUAUUCUGGGAGAUCGUGCCGAAGACCUCCGCCGACGGCAAGCUGCUGCAGGAGAUGAUCCUGGUGUGUGACGCGUACAGAAAGGAUCUUCAGCAUCCUAAUGAAUUUGUCAGGGGGUCGACUCUCAGAUUCUUGUGCAAACUGAAGGAGCCAGAACUUCUCGAGCCACUGAUGCCGGCGAUAACCGGUUGCCUGGAGCACAGGCACUCGUAUGUCAGACGUAACGCGGUGCUCGCCAUUUUUACUAUAUACAGAAAUUUCGAAUUUCUCAUACCGGACGCUCCGGACCUGAUCGCCAAGUAUCUGGAGGGGGAGCAGGAUAUGUCGUGCAGAAGAAAUGCAUUCUUAAUGUUGCUGCACGCCGAUCAGAGCAAAGCUCUCGCGUAUUUAGCCGCGUGCCUCGAUCAAGUGCCGAGUUUCGGUGAUAUACUGCAGUUGGUCAUUGUUGAAUUAAUAUAUAAGGUUUGUCUCGCGAAUCCUUCGGAAAGGGCACGUUUUAUCAGAUGUAUUUAUAGCUUGCUAAAUUCACCCAGCGCUGCGGUGCGUUACGAAGCAGCCGGCACGUUGGUGACCCUUUCCAGUGCGCCAACCGCGAUCAAAGCUGCGGCGUCCUGCUACAUCGAAUUGGUUGUCAAGGAGAGUGACAACAACGUUAAACUUAUCGUAUUGGAUCGGCUAAUUGCAAUGAAAGAUAGUCCCGUGUACGAAAGGGUACUUCAGGAUCUUGUAAUGGACAUACUUCGCGUUUUAGGAUCACCAGCCUUGGAAGUUAGGACGAAAACCUUGGCUCUAGCUAUGGAUUUGGUUACAACUCGCACGAUCGAGGAAAUGGUGCAGCUUUUAAAGAAGGAAGUUCUCCGGACAGCCGGCGGAGAGCACGAGGACGCUGGCAGAUACCGCCAGCUCCUGAUACGGACUCUCCACACUUGUUCCAUGAAGUUUGCGGACGUUGCCGUUACCGUCAUCCCAGUACUGACCGAUUUUCUAUCGGAGAGUAACGAGGCAGUAGCCACGGAUCUUUUUGCAUUCAUUCGUGAAGCUAUUCAGAGAUUCGAGAAUCUCAGACCGUUGAUCAUCGAGAAACUGUUGGAGGUGUUCCCCCACGUAAGAUCCGUAAAAGUACACAGAGCCGCACUCUGGAUUCUCGGCGAGUAUGCCACGUCGAAAGAGGACAUAGAGGCCGUGAUGGGCCGUGUGCGGGCAGCGUUAGGCGAGCUGCCGUUGCUCGAGACAGAGAACAAACGGCAAGCUGGCGAAAAGUCCGAAGACGCUAACUCGCAAGCUGCACCUGCGCAACUCGUCACGUCUGAUGGUACUUACGCGACUCAAAGUGCUUUCAGUGCUGCAUCUGCACGGAAAAAAGAGGAGAAGCGGCCAGCAUUAGUGCAAUACAUGAUGGAAGGAGAUUUUUUCAUUGGUGCGUCCUUAGCUACCACACUGGCGAAAUUAGCCUUCCGUUAUAAAAUGCUCGAAAACAACGUCCAAAAGAGCAACAGGUUGCAGGCAGAAGCAAUGUUUAUAAUGUCCAGCGUGUUACAGCUAGGCCGUUCAGGUCUUCCUAUGAAAGCAAUGACACACGACGAUGCGGAGAGGAUAUCCCUAUGCCUCCGAUCUCUUGCUUGCCCAACACCUCUCGUACAGAAAGUCUUUACUGAGGGAUGCCGCGAUGCACUCGGUAGAAUGUUGACCGCGAAAGCGGAGGAGGAGUCGCAAAAUCAGAAAGCCAAGGAAAAGCCGGGCAGUAUCGUUCAAGUUGACGAUGCAAUUCAAUUCUUGCAAUUGAGCCGAGGAUCCGAUCUGACCGGUGGGGCUGGCGAUAUGUUCGAGCAGAGCCUCAGCGCAGCUGUAGCGGGACGACCUGGCGCCAGCGGAGAUGCUCCGAGUGCCUUGAGCAAAGUCAUUCAACUCACCGGUUUCUCGGACCCCGUUUACGCGGAGGCCUUGGUCCACGUUAAUCAGUACGACAUCGUGCUCGACGUGCUGAUAGUUAAUCAAACGGAAGACACGUUGCAGAAUUGUACGUUGGAAUUGGCCACUUUGGGCGAUCUGAAAUUGGUGGAAAGACCGCAGCCCAUCGUACUCGCGCCUAGGGAUUUCGCUACCAUUAAAGCGAACGUGAAGGUUACAUCUACGGAGAACGGCAUUAUCUUUGGAAAUAUUGUUUACGAUGUAUCAGGAGCGGGCUCUGAUAGAAGCGUGGUCGUUCUUAACGACAUACAUAUCGACAUUAUGGAUUAUAUAGUGCCCGCAACUUGCACUGACACAGAAUUCCGACAGAUGUGGGCCGAAUUCGAAUGGGAGAACAAAGUUUCUGUUAAUACGACUCUGUCCGACUUGAGGGAGUAUCUUGCACAUUUGUUGAAGUCCACAAAUAUGCGUUGUCUCACGCCGGAAAAGGCUCUUUCGGGACAGUGUGGAUUUAUGGCGGCAAAUAUGUAUGCUAAAUCGAUAUUCGGUGAAGACGCAUUAGCGAAUUUAUCUAUCGAGAAACCACUGAACAAACCCGACGCUCCAGUGGUCGGUCAUAUUCGUAUCAGAGCUAAGAGCCAAGGUAUGGCUUUAUCCUUGGGCGAUAAAAUUAAUUCGGCACAGAAAGAUCCGCUGACUAAAGUUGUGCAAGUCGCUUAAACUCCAUCGUUUCGACAAAAUCUGGUCUACACGGCGCAGUUGAGUCUCUCCGACUCGGAUGAUUACUUUUGUGGAGUUUACAGAACUUUAAAGAUUAUUAUUAAAUGAUUUUUGCAUAUUUAUGGCAUUUAAACCAUGUUAUUUAGACAAUACAAACAUCUUGAUACAUUAUAGGUAUCCUUUUAGAUUUAUGUAUUAUUUGCCGAUCGAAAUACAUUAGACUUGUUCAUAUAAA